AUGCACGCGCAUCGAGAUUCACUUGCUCUCUCCUCAGGGCUUGCAGCCUAUGUUGAACGUGCUGAUCUAAUAUGGGAUCCCCCCGCUACAAGAGCAAAGGGAAUCUCUCUAUGCUAUCCGCGAUUAGUGUAUAUUAUGUUCAAUCGGCUAUUUGGUAUUGCAAGAAAUUCUGGUUUUGUUCACCCUUAUCAACAAGGAUAUAUUUACCAGCAGAGGUUUAGUCUGGUGAACAUAAAGUUGAAAUGGGUAAAAGAUAGGACUUUGGAUGCUGUUGUUGCUGGUCAAAGGGAUCUUAAGGCAGCUGGGAUCCUUGUCUCCAUCAUAUAUUCUUCUUCUGAAUGCUGCGUUCCAAUAUACCAUCUUUCUCGCCAUCGCGGACAACUUGGUCUUCCCGGUGACCUCAAGCUCUCUACCUUUAUCAGAAGAUAUCCCAAUAUAUUUAUUGAGUCCUGUUUUCUUGAUAGUGGAGGGACUCCUGUCCCAUGUUUCAGUUUGAGUCCUGAAGCCUUGGAGCUCCAUCACAAGGAAAUCAACAUCCUUCAGCAAUGUCAGUCGGAACUCAGGGAUAGACUGUGCAAAUUGCUUAUGCUCACUAGUGAUAAGGUCCUUCCACUACAAACCAUUGACCAGUUAAAAUGGGACAUGGGUUUACCAUAUGAUUACCAGCAUUCUUUCAUUCCAGAUCACCCUGAAAGGUUCUCAUAUGUUCGCCUUCCUGAUGAUCGUGUUGGGCUGAAAUUGUUAGUUUGGGAUGACAAGCUUACCAUCUCAGAGUUGCAGAGGAAUAGUUCUCUACAACAAAAGGCAGAAGACAUAAAAAGUGGAUCCUUAGCAUUUCCAGUUAGUUUCACCAGGGGUUUUGGUUUGAAAAGAAAAUGCAUGGAGUGGUUGAAAGAGUGGCAGAAACUCCCCUAUACUUCACCUUACACCGAUGCAUCUCAUUUGGAUCCCCGUACUGACGUAUCUGAGAAAAGGAUAGUUGGAGUUUUCCACGAGCUUCUUCACCUUACACUUCAUAAGCAAACUGAGCGCAAGAAUGUCAGCAACUUACGUAGACCCUUGGCACUUCCUCAGAAGUUUACUAAAGCGUUUGAGCGUCAUCCUGGUGUAUUCUAUAUUUCCAAGAAGAGUGACACCCAAACAGUUGUUCUCAGAGAGGCCUAUUAUGGUCAGGAACCUGUGCCGAAUCAUCCCCUUGUACAAAUUAGGGAGGAAUUAGCAAGCCUACUGAAGAAAGGGCUAUUGGAUAUGAGUAAGGGUGUAUACAAAAAACACAGGGAUACUAAUUUGGUGGAUGGUCUGAAAAACGAGGUUUGCAUUUCUGAUAAAACUAACCAGCUUAGUUCUAAGGAUAAAUCAGAUUCCAUGCUUUAUGAAUAUGAUUCAGAUAGCCCUCUACAGCGCCCUUGCUGA